GAGCGAACCCAAGGCACGGUCGCCACCUGAAGACGGCGGUGGGACACCACCCACAGAGGGGGCUGUGUGACACAGGGACUGUUUCAGACACCUGUAUCACACCCAGUACAGCGUGCUUUCUUAAGCGUCAACAUCAGUUUUUCUGAAUGGCUGACAAUAGAAUUCAAUUCACCCAAAUAAACCUGCAUCACAGUAAAGGGGCCAGUAGUGUAUUACUAAGGACCCUAACUGAGAGGCAUACAAUACCCUUACAAAUAGCACUUAUUCAGGAACCAUGGAUAAAUGGGGACCAGAUUAAGGGGCUAAAUCUAAGGGAUUUUAAACUGUUUCAUAAACAAGCAGAUAAACCAAGAACUUGCAUUUUGGUUAAUAAUAAAGUUAAAGCCAGCCUGAUACUUAAUCUAUCAAGUGCAGACUUGACUAUUAUUAGAGUAACACUAAAUGAUGGUAAAAAUAUCAUAGUAGCUUCAGGAUACUUACCAUAUGAGGUCACAGACCCAGGUAGGGACCUAACUAUGCUCUUUAAUUAUUGCAAAAAUGAAAAAUUAGAACUAAUCCUAGGUAUGGAUGCUAAUGCACACCACACUAUUUGGGGGAGCAGUAACAUCAACCAAAGAGGAGAGGUUAUAAUGGAUCUAUUGCUGACUACAGACCUAAGUAUACUGAACAGAGGUAGUGAACCUACUUUUGUUAUCAGGAACAGGCAGGAAGUCAUUGAUCUAACAUUUGUUCAAAAGGGUUACUUCAAAAGAUAAAAGGGUGGAAAGUGUCCUCCGAACCUUCUCUUUCUGAUCAUAGGCACUUACGAUUCACUUUGGAAAUUAACAAAGUUGAGACGGAGUACUAUAGGAA